AUGGCGAUUCGAGUUUCAGCACCAUCAUCCCAUGGCGUCGCCCGCGAACCUAAGUAUAGAUAUGACGUGUUUCUGAGUUUUAGAGGCGAAGAUACUCGCCAUUCAUUCACUGUGAUUCUCUACAAUGCUCUACGCCGUAAGGGAAUCAACGCCUUCAUAGAUGACAAGAAGCUCGGGAAAGGGGAACAGAUCUCACCGACGCUUCUUAAAGCCAUAGACAAAUCCAGGAUUUCCAUUAUUGUCUUCUCUAGGAACUACGCUACUUCCACAUGGUGCCUGGAUGAACUUGCUCACAUCAUUCAGUGUAAGACGGAGAAGAAUCAGAUGGUUAUGUCCAUCUUCUACAAGGUGGAUCCCAAGGAUGUCCAAUAUCAGAGGAACAGCUUUGGUGAAGCCAUGGCUGGUCAUGAAGUUAGGUUUAGAAAUGACUUGGAGAAAGUGCGAAAAUGGAGGUUUGCUUUGUCUGAAGCGGCUAGUUUGCCAUCAGCAUGGCUUUUCAAAGAUGAAUAUGAAUUUGCGUGUAUUGAAAGGAUUGUUGAAGAUGCAUAUUCUAGGCUGCCUCCUAAACGGUUCCAUAACAUUGAUUACAUGGUUGGACUUGAGCCUCGUUUAGAAGAAGUGAUGUCACUUCUGGGUGAAAGUGAUCAUAGCGUUUGUAUGUUGGGGAUUCAUGGAACUGGUGGGAUUGGCAAAACAACCCUUGCAAAAGCUUUGUAUAAUACAAUCUUCUAUCAAUUUGAAGGUGCACGUUUUUUGUUUGACGUCAGAGAAGCAUCAAUGAAAUAUCAUGGCAUUGUUCGUCUUCAGCAAACACUUUUAUCAGAGAUUCUUGAGGAAGAGGAUGAAGUUUAA